GAUUGGAGGCGUUAUUCAAAUGAAGUGUAUACAGACAGAGACCGUUUUGUGCUAUAUUUUCCUGUCAUUUUAUAUCGCGACAGGCCAGGAUGGUAUGCUCCAGAAACCGGAAGCGCAACAAUCAGGACACAGAAUAGUGGGAGGCCAUGAUGCUCAACCGGGGGAACUCCCAUUUCAGGUAGCAAUUCAGAGGAAGUUCUAUUUUGGAAGUGGAUCCUUUCAUUGGUGCGGAGGAUCUAUUAUUGACAGCGAACAUGUACUGACUGCCGGGCAUUGCGUUUUUGGGUUACCCACUGCGGAGCUAAUAGUGUACGCUGGUGUAUUGAACAACUCCUGGCAGACAGCACAAGAAAACAGGGUGGUUCGACAUGUUACAGAAGUUUUCCUUCACGAGGAAUUCGACAUCGACACGUACAUUAACGACAUUGCCGUAUUACAGGUGAGUCCUGGCUUUCCGACAGACAAUCCUGAUGUGAAAGCGAUACCAUUGCGCGAGGACAUCGCUCCUGAGGGCCUCGCUUGUACGGUGAGUGGCUGGGGGCUCCUCGGUGACCCGGAGGAGACCAAGCCGCAGAUUCUUCAGGUUGUCGCCUUACCCUUCAUCACGCAUGACACAUGCAGACAUAUCUACAGAAACUACACGGACGGAAGCAUUGAGCUUGGCAUGAACUGUGCUGGCUACCUCGAGGGUGGCAAAGACGCCUGCAACGGUGACAGCGGUGGACCGCUCCAGUGUGGUGGGCUUCUCACAGGGGUAGUGUCAUGGGGAGAGAAAUGUGCCCUACCCAACUACCCUGGUGUAUACUCUGAUGUGGCCUACUACAAGGACUGGAUAGCACAGCAGCUAGCUAGAAGCAGAACGAAGUUCAUAUUCAGAAUGUGAUAGUUGCUUGCCUGUUCAAUAAACCAUUACCUCUCCAUCACUAUUGCAUUUCCAGUGGACUUGUCGAUGAAUAAUAUAAAUAAUAUGAAAAUAUUCUGUAAAGACUUUAGAUUAAGAUUAAAUAAGGGUAGCGGGGUUAAUAUGUCUCAAAGAAAUGUUUGUUAUAUAAUAUAAAUUACGGUAUAAAUAUAAAUGUAACAUUACAUUAGCUCAACAUAAUCAAGCUCCAGUUAUAGUUGUGAUUUUU